CAGCUAGAAGAGUUGGAGAAGAUGUUCCAGGAAGACCAUUACCCUGACAAUGAAAAGAGGAGGGCAAUUGCAGCUGUAGUUGGGGUGACACCACAGCGUAUCAUGGUGUGGUUUCAGAAUCGCAGGGCAAAGUGGCGAAAAACGGAGAAGUCAAAUGUCAAAGGCAGCAAAAAAUACUCAACAUCAGCAGCUCUGGCAGUCCACGCUGGGUCAGACAUUUGUGGGGUACCUCUUCUGCCAAUGCCUCCAUUGCCUGAUCAGUCUGCCAUAUUAAGUGUAGAUGCUACAGCUGGAAACUGCUCCAGCAGGCUCAGUGAGUGUUCUGCAUUGCUUGCUUCCUCCUCAGUCUCUCCAGUGACAGGGAUGAUAGCAUCUUGUGAAGCAGUUCAGACAAAGGCGUUGCUGCAGCUUGACUUCAGUUCCAGCAGGGUGGAGUGCUUCCCCAGCCUUCCUAGUCCUCCACCCAUUCGUAGGGCCAGCCUGCCUCUCAGUCUUUCCUUCAGCCCUUACAGUCACAUUGUUCCAUUGAUGCUGGAUGCUCCCAACAGUGAAUGCAGCUUGUCCAGUCAGGAAAACAGCUCCAAGGAGGCCUUCACUUAUAGCAUCCAGAAUCAAGGAUUGUGUUCAACAGUUUCUCCUGAGCAGCUGGAUUUUACAGGCAGUCUAGGGACCCCAAACUGUCAGUAUGGGAGUCAGGAUGGAACUUACCAGCUGUUCCAACAUCCCCAGCAGCAUCAGUGUUCCCAGUUCCACCGUCUGCCAUUUCACCGACCCAGCAAUGUCUCCAGCAUUCAGCUCACUUCUACAACACCAACUGAAUCCAGUGCAGUUUUCCUUGCCUCACCUGGCAGCAGUGGAAUGGCAACCUAUGGGCCAGCAGGAGACACACAGGGCUAUGUACAAAACCAUGUGGGGGAACAACCUGGGUUACAGUGGCAUAAUGAAAAUGCAGGUAAAUUUCUGAAAUCUUAACAUCUCACUCCUCAGGAGUGUCACCUGAAAGCCUCAGGGUGAUCAGUGGUUUUUACUGGUGACUGAGAGAAAGAAGGAAUGUGCAUAUACAUGCAUAAUAUAUAUAAACUGUUUUUUCUCCUUUCCCCAUAAUCUUUUGCUCUCUUAAGUGGUUUGUGACCUAUUAAUUUGAAUCCAAAGUUACUUUUUAGGUUAUAUGUUAUAGAGAAUGUUACUGUGUGUGUAUAUUAGGUACUACAGUGGUUUCAUCUAGAUUGGAGAGCAAUUUACCUUCUUCUGAAGAAUACCGAACAAACUAAUGUGCAUAUGGUGUAUAUAAGGUAGUGGUCAAGAAUGAAAAAUGAAGAGGUGUCACAGGAAAUUGAGCAGUUGGAGGGAACAAGAAAAAGAGGGUUUCAAAUCUGCUGGGCUUCUGCAGAGAUCAUUUUGAAAGAACUUUAUGUAUCUUAGGGUAGUAUAGUGGAAGACAGUCAGAAAUAGAGGCCAAAAG